AUGGUUCUCAAGUCUGGACUUAUCGCGGCUGCCCUGGCGGCAUCCGUCAUGGCUUCGCCCGCCCCCGUCAUGAAGGCUGACGACGUGAUGAAGCGUGCAUCCAGCUGCACCUUCUCUGGAUCUAGCGGUGCUGCUGAUGCUAUGAAGCAGCAAGCUUCCUGCUCUACCAUCACCCUCAAGGAUCUCUCCGUGCCUGCGGGAACCACCCUGGACCUGACCAAGCUCAAGGACAACACCAAGGUCAUCUUCGAGGGAGAGACCACAUUCGGUUACAAGGAGUGGAAGGGCCCAUUGCUGUCCAUCGCUGGCACUGGCAUCACCGUCGAGGGUGCUUCCGGCUCCACUCUGAACGGUCUCGGUGAGAAGUACUGGGACACUAAGGGCUCCAACGGUGGCAAGACAAAGCCCAAGUUCUUCGCCGCCCACAAGAUGAUCAAGUCCCACAUCAACAACAUUACCAUCAAGAACAGCCCCGUCCAGGUUGUUUCGAUCAACGGCUGUGAUGACCUCACCAUCAACAAGAUGACCAUCGACAACUCCGCCGGUGACUCCGCGGGAGGCCACAACACUGAUGGUUUCGACAUUGGCUCCUCCAACAACAUCCAUAUCAACGGUGCUAAGGUCUACAACCAGGAUGACUGUGUUGCCAUCAACUCCGGCACCAACAUCAAGUUCGACUCCGGUCUCUGCUCCGGCGGCCACGGUCUCUCCAUCGGCUCCGUCGGUGGCCGUGACGACAACACCGUCACCGGCGUGACCUUCUCCAAGAGCACUGUGAAGAACUCUGACAACGGUAUCCGCAUCAAGGCCAAGAAGGACACCACCGGCAAGAUCAGCGACAUCACCUACUCCGACAUCACCCUCGACAACAUCGCCAAGUACGGUGUCCUGAUCGAGCAGAACUACGACGGUGGCGACCUGCACGGAGACCCCACCAGCGGCCUGCCCAUCACCAAGGUCACCGUCAACGGCCUGCACGGCGACGGCGCCGUCGCCAGCUCCGGCCACAACCUGGCCAUCGUUUGUGGCUCCGGCGCCUGCUCCGACUGGACCUGGACCGACGUCAAGGUCUCCGGUGGCAAGAAGUAUGACUCUUGCAAGAACGUUCCCAGCGUUGCCUCUUGCUAA